UUUAUUUUUCUUUGCUGAUUUGUUUAACAAAUGGACAAGAAAACAACUACAACAAUUUAAAAGAUCGUCUGAGAGAAACAAUACAGAUGCAGAGGGAGCCAAGAUCCCAACAAACAAAACAGCUUAUGCGGAUCCAAUUGGAAUUAAAAACUAUGAAUCUUGUGAAAGAACGUCAUUUGACAAAGAACAGACUAUUUGUAAUUUGGAAGUAACAAAAGAAAAAGAAGAUGUAAAAGUACAUCAACCGUCAACAUUUAAACAGCAUACAAUAACAACAGAUGAAGUUAACUUUUUACGAAUGGUUCAUCUUCUGUUUAGCGUCGCAUGUCCAGUUGUCCGACUGGCAUUUAACCAUGAGAUCCAACAAAACAAAUUGCGAAAAACACUAGAUAGAAAUAAGGCAUUACUUGAAAAACUAUACAGAAGAAAAGACAAGAUCAUCAAUGAUUUCCAGUGGAAUCUUUUAUUUAAAGGGGACACAGUUUCAUCAGAUGAUUUUGAUAUUACACUCAUGAUUAACCUCUUACGUACACUUGCAAACAUCAGUAUUGGCGAUAUAUAUCCAGCACCAUUUAAUACAAGUAUCAGCGCAAUGCUCACCAGAAUAAAGUACAUAAGAAACAAAGUAAUACAGAACGUGAAAGGGCAACUCUCAGAAGAUCAGUUCAAUCAAUAUUGGGAUGAUAUAGGACAGGCAGUACUGAAAUUGGUGUCAUCAUUUGAACUUGACAUUGAUAAUGAUCAGCAGAAGAUACGGCUGAUCGGUAGACUCCUUGCGUUGAACCCGAUAACUUUGGAUAUUAAAAAACUGCGUAUUUUUAUUGAUAUGUCUGAAAAAUACCCUGCUAUGAUACUUCAAAAACUAAUUUUUGAAUAUAACUCUUUACAAAAUGUAACGACAGAAGAUGUACUGAGAGAGGAAAAACACCAACUUUAUCAUAAAAGGAAGAAACACCAACCAUGCUGUAAAUGCACCACAGAAUUAUUUUCCUCCAUUAAGAUAUUUCCGGAGGAGCAGUGGGAGGCGUUGUAUGAAAUGAACGAGAGUAGCGAUUCACAUGUUUGUACAUCUAAUCUAAGAAACUGCUGUGAACGCUAUUUUCCCAAAAGGAUUAACACAUGUAAUGUAUUAGUGGCCAUUGCAUUGAUUCUUAAUAUACCAGACAUUUUGACCUAUAUGAUAGAUCGUUUAUGCGUGAAUGGAAUCGAUAAAUUUGUGAUGCGUAACCAGCAUACAAUAUACCAUUCUAUGGAGAGAAAGAGGUGUUGCAAAUGUCAUAAGGGUUAUAUGGUACCUACUGCAAACCCAUUUAUCAAUAAAGGAGAAUGGAACAGACUAUUUGUAAAAGAAGACAAUAUACUAUGCUCUGUCGGUAACACAGAUUGUUGCUGUCAGUACACAGUAAGAAAUUCGAUUCAAUACACAGACAUGGACGACAUUUCUUGGUCAAAAAUAUUUUAUGUUGUGGGUCCUAUUAGCGUUGUCAGUAAAAUCAAAAGUAAUGCGCUUUUAUACUUUCUUAAUUGGAAUGUUGAUGACCAAACUUUACAAGGAGCGUUAACAGAAUUAUUGAAGAUGAUAGACGAUGAAAAGUUUUGCAAUGAUAUGUUACGACGUAUAUCAUCCUUUAAACACUGCGAAUCAAGGGAAACAAUAGCGAAUAAAAUGGAUGCAACUGAGUGGGUUUCAAGACACUUUCGACACCAAAAGGAAACUACAGAACAACCACUUCAAAUAAUUUUACUCGAUAAAGGUAUGUAA